UGGUGGAUAUCGGAUGUGGAUAUGGAGGGUUGCUUGUUGGCCUUGCGCCAUUGCUACCGGACACAUUGAUGGUUGGUGAGUGCUAUCCUGCAUACCAACCGGUUUGAACAAAAGUGAUAACACAAAGGCAAAAAAAAAGGCAUGGAGAUUCGCGUCCAGGUCCUCGACUAUCUUCAACAACGCAUCCAGGCUCUUCGAAACCAGCAAAAAAGACUGAAGACAUCCCAACCAGACGAAACACCCAACCCCGAGGUUCAACCCGCACCCGCAUCGCCAACCGCUCCAUCAGACGCUCCCAACGACAAUGGCCCAGUAACCCCAGUGGCAGGUCGCUUCGAGAACAUCUCCGCAAUCCGCAGCAACACGAUGAAGUUCCUCCCCAACUUCUUCGCCCGCCAUCAACUCUCCAAGAUUUUCGUGUGUUUCCCGGAUCCGCAUUUCAAAGCGCGCAAGCACAAAGCCCGUAUCAUCUCUGAGUCUCUCAACGCCGAGUACGCCUACGCUGUUCGCCCCGGUGGCUAUCUAUACACCAUUACGGAUGUCGAGGACUACCAUCACUGGAUUCUCAAGCAUUUCCACGAGAGGUCGCCAUUAUCACAGGAGGACGAGGCUGAAACCGACGACCAAGCACCACAGCCUGGUGUGAAGGAUCUCUGGGAGCGAGUCUCUGACGAGGAGUUGGAACGUGACGAGUGCGUGCGGGUGAUGAAGGAAGCCACAGAAGAGGGAAAGAAGGUUACAAGAAACAAGGGCAAUAAAUACGUGGCUGUCUUCCGGCGCAAGGCCGAUCCAGAAUGGCCUGCUUGAUUGCCUGUUUAUUGACCUAGUAAAAUAACAUUUUGAUCGUCUACAAUAUUCAUGAAUUUUUCUAUAUAUUGCUUUCUUCACAUGUAUAUAACCCACAUAUUAUUGCUGAUCCCGACGGAGUUCCCCCUUCUCCUUCGCAAUUAAAAUUGUACGCAAAACCCCAGUCGUCGAGUCAUUCCUAGAGUCAUGAAGCCAAAGAUCAGCAUCCAGCUAGCUAAGAUUGUCCAAAGCCAAGGGCUUGGCUUCCAGUGCCGACGAUGAUGAUUUGGCCCUCACACACGGAAG